AUGUCCGGAGCGAUUCGGAAAAAGUUGGUCAUUGUCGGAGAUGGUGCUUGUGGAAAAACAUGUCUGCUGAUUGUGUUCAGUAAAGAUCAAUUUCCCGAUGUCUAUGUGCCGACCGUGUUCGAGAACUAUGUCGCGGAUAUCGAGGUAGACAACAAACAAGUGGAAUUGGCACUUUGGGAUACCGCCGGGCAGGAGGAUUACGAUCGUCUCAGACCGCUUUCCUAUCCGGACACUGAUGUGAUUUUGAUGUGUUAUGCUGUCGACAGCCCCGACAGUUUGGCCAAUAUCAAAGAAAAAUGGGCACCGGAAGUCAAGCAUUUCUGUCCCAAUGUUCCCAUUGUUCUGGUGGGGAACAAAUUAGACACGAGAUAUGACGAGAAAGUUUGGAACGAGCUGGCUCGUUAUGAUCAGAAACCUACCACGGUGGACGAGGCCAAAUUCAUUGGAAAUCAGAUAGGUGCCUUUGGUCAUAUUGAGUGUUCCGCGAAAACGAAAGAGAACGUGCGCGAGGUGUUUGAACUGGCCACUCGUGCAGCAUUGUCCGUGCGAAGAAAGAAACGACGCGCCUUCUGUAAACCAUUAUGA